AGUUUCGUCAUUUUAACAACCACGCCCCUCCACCGCGCCUCCGCACGGCCCAGAAUUUCCGCAACGCGCACCUCGGAAAAUUUCUAACCACGCGGAAAAACAUGGCGGACCAGCAAGAACUACUAUGGCAGAGAGGCCGCCCCCUCACUUCCAGACAGUCCAGGAGAAGAAGCCGGCAUAAGAGCAUUCCCAGGUCUGGUCACAGCCCAUGCCUUUUUUCAAGGAAUCAGGCUCGUGAUGGGACACGGACCAUACGCCAAACUGGUCGUAGUCUUCCUCUUUACCUCACUGGGUUUCAUGCUCCACACUGGGAUUCAGAAAUGACUUCCAGAAUAUUCUACUGGUCAUCAUGUAACAGAAACGACGUCUUGACGUGGGCCGCUGCUGUAAAAACUGAGGCGCGAACCAGAAAAGCUUCUGCCGAUCACAAUUCAACAACGGAUUAUGAAAGAACAGAUAACGCUCGAAACACGCAGAUUCUUCCUGAUGUGAGAGAUAACCUGCUCCAGUACACCGUGUUGCCGUUCGGUUUGAGGAACGCCCCCGCUACUUUUCAGCGUUUUCAGCAAGAACUACUUCGUCUUCCUCCAACCAUGCAGGAAGAAUCACGCCCCUCCCAGAGACACCCUCUGUCGUGGCUGGAUGAUGAUGCAGAGAUGGUGGCUGCUUGUAAAUCUGUGGAAGACUCCCUCAUCUCAAAGCAACCAACAAUAGGAGCUGCAGCGACCAGGACGUUGCCAAAGGCUCCUGCUCUACAGCGGCUGUUGGUUCUCCUGCUCCUGCUGAUCCCUCUGCUUCUGAAUCCCCUGCUGGUCCGAUAGCUGCUUCUUCUGGCUCCACUACUCCUCCUGGUCCCUCUGCUGGCUUUUCUGCUGAUGUCCUGGACAAGGUUUUAAGGAACAGGACGGACCUUGCGAUGCCAGUCUCUCGGCCUGCUGCUACUCAGCCACAGCUUCAGCCCCAGGUGAAGCCUCAAUUUCAACCUCAGUCUCUGCUACAGCCUAGAAAACAGACUCCUGUGAGUUGUGAAACAGUUGUAGCCUCUUCCACCUCUACGCUAUCUGAAACCCCUUGGCACACAGUCAGGCCCAUUGUGCCUAAGCGGUCUCUGUUCAGUCCAGCUCCAGCCCUGCGUCGCUCCAGCCUUCUGCCAGUCUGGUGUUUCCUGAGGCCACUGCUACCUCGUCUCCAUCCCCAUCAUGGUCCAGGGACACGCUUUACAAGUGUAAACAGGAGCUUUCCUUCUUUGGGGAGGGAAAUAAAUCCAGGGUGCAAAACAA